AUGCAUUUUGGGGCUUACAUUCCAGACCAUGGAGCGGAAGAUCGUUUGCCUGGAUUGUUUUAUUUGUCAGGGUUGACCUGUACUCAUGCAAACUUUAUGGAGAAAUCUGGUUUUCAGAAGUACGCUAGUGAAUACGGAAUAAUUGUCGUUCAUCCUGACACCUCUCCAAGAGGAGUUGACUUGCCAGGAGACAGCGAUUCAUGGGAUUUUGGAAAAGGAGCAGGAUUUUAUGUGGACGCUACUGAAGAGCCUUGGUCCAAGCACUAUAACAUGUACAGCUAUAUUACUAAAGAGCUACCGGAAUUGGUUCAGCACUUGCUUCCAAUCGAUUUGAAAAGAUUAGGGAUCUUUGGACACUCUAUGGGAGGUCAUGGUGCAAUUUCUAUUGGAUUGAAAAACCCUGAUUUGUUUCAAUCGAUUUCUGCUUUUGCACCUAUUUGUCAUCCAAUGAAUUGUCCAUGGGGUCAGAAGGCAUUCAAACUGUACCUCGGUGCUGACACAAAACAGUGGGAACAGUACGAUUCGUCAUUGUUGUUGAAAAGCUACAAUGGACCACCAAGAAAACUCCUUGUUUAUCAGGGAGCCGCUGAUAGGUUCUUAGCUCAAGGACAACUACAACCGGAAUCACUGAUGUCAACAAAUCCAGUAACGGUGGAUGUACGGACGCAACCCGGAUACGACCAUAGUUAUUUCUUUAUCGCAACUUUCAUGGAGGAACACAUCAAGUUUCAUGUAGCUGCUCUAAAGCAGUAA